AUGAAGGGAGAAGGAGGUAGAGUUGGAGGGACUUUUACUUCCUUGUCUCUUUUCCUUUCCCUCCUUCUCCUGUUCCAAUUUCCACCCUUUACUUCAUCUGAAAAAUUCACUCCUCCAGAUAAUUAUCUCAUCGAUUGUGGCUCCUCUCAACCGACCAAGCUUGAUGAUGGCCGCACCUUCAGUUCUGAUCGUGACGCUUCUGGGUAUCUCUCCACAGAUGAAGAUAUUGAAGUUUCUGUCGAUUCUAUUCCUGUCCAAAAUGCUCUUCCUUUGUAUCUCUCCGCUAGAAUUUUUCAACAAGAGUCUACUUAUACUUUUUUCAUUUCUCAGCCAGGAAGACAUUGGCUUCGCCUUUACUUUCACCCACUUCCUCACCCUUCUAUCAAUCUCACGACUGCCGUCUUCACCGUCCAGACUGAUAAAUUUGUUCUCUUGCAUGACUUCUCUAUGAGAAGCAGCUCUGAAAUUGUUUUCAAGGAAUAUCUCAUCAACACUACUGAGAGAUUCUCCAUUGUUUUCAAGCCCAUGAAGGAUUCUCAUGCGUUUAUCAAUGCUAUAGAAGUUGUUUCGGCUCCUGAUUCUCUUAUAUCCGAUUCAGCGACUGCAGUUUCGCCUCCGGAUACUUUCACUGGCUUGUCUAACUUCGCCCUUGAAGUAUCCUACAGACUGAAUAUUGGAGGGUCAACUAUAACUCCAAGAAAUGAUACAUUGUCAAGAACAUGGCUACCUGAUGAUCAAUACAAUAUUUUCCCUCAAGGCACUAAAACGGCUUCUGUUGAACCGGGAGUCAUAAACUAUCCAAAAGGCGGUGCAACUCCAUUAAUCGCCCCCAAUUCGGUUUAUGCAACUGCUGAAACGAUGAAGUAUGCUCAAGUGAUGCAACCCAAUUUCAAUCUCACUUGGAAGAUGAGUGUUGAUCUAACUUUUUCUUAUUUGAUUAGAAUGCAUUUUUGCGACAUCAUCAGCACCGGCCUUAAUGAAUUAGUCUUCAAUGUUUAUAUAAACGGGAUGAUGGGUGUGUCAUCUCUUGAUCUCUCAACACUGACUAAUGAACUCGCAACCGCAUACCAUAAAGAUUUUGUGGUGAAUGCAUCCACCAUUACCAAUAAUUCGAUCAUUGUCCAGGUUGGCCCCGCUAGCGAUUUUGACUCAGGCGACUCAGGCCAGCCCAAUGCAAUUCUUAAUGGACUAGAGGUCAUCAAGAUGAGCAAUGAAGCCGGCAGCUUGGAUGGUUUAUUUAAUGUCGAUGGCGCGUAUACUGGUGGUUAUUUUUCAAACAAAAGGAAGAUUCUUGCCGGAUUUAUUCUCGCGGCGGGAGUGACAGCAAUGCUGUUUAUGGGUGUAGUUUUCAUCCGGGGGCAGAAGAGGCCUCACGGUUACGAGAAACGACACAGUUUCUCAUCAUGGUUACUUCCUUUACAAGGUAGCCAUAAUAGCUUCAAGUCCAGCAAGAGCGGCUCCCGUAAGAGCAAGACAACUGGUUACUCUAGUUUCUUCUCCAGUCAAGGCCUUGGUCGGCUCUUUACUUUCCAUGAAUUACAGAAUGCAACACAAAAUUUCGCUGAAAAGGCAGUGAUUGGGGUUGGUGGGUUCGGCAAAGUUUAUCUUGGAGAAUUGGAAGAUGGAACCAAGGUUGCUAUAAAACGUGGAAAUCCCAGCUCUAAGCAGGGCUUGAACGAGUUCCACACAGAGAUACAAUUGCUUUCCAAGCUCAGGCAUCGCCAUCUCGUAUCGCUUAUCGGCUUCUGUGAUGAACAAUCAGAGAUGAUUCUCGUUUAUGAGUACAUGGCUAAUGGCCCACUUCGCGACCAUCUCUGGCUAAUUUGCAUUGGCGCAGCCCGCGGAUUGCAUUAUCUUCAUACUGGUGCAACUCAUGGAAUCAUCCACCGCGAUGUGAAGACCACCAAUAUUCUUCUAGAUGAUAAUUGGACUGCAAAAGUCGCAGACUUUGGUCUAUCCAAAGCAGCACCAAUGGAGCAAGCCCAUGUAAGCACCGCUGUGAAGGGUAGCUUCGGCUACCUCGAUCCUGAAUACUUCAGGAGACAACAACUCACUGAUAAAUCAGACGUUUACUCUUUUGGUGUAGUGCUAUUUGAGGUGUUAUGUGCAAGGCCAGUCAUCAACCCAAAGCUACCAAGAGAGCAGGUUAGUUUAGCCGAGUGGGCAAUGAAUUGUUACAGAAAGGGCACCCUGGAAAAAAUAAUUUAUCCUAAAAUUGCAGAAAGUAUUUCCUCAGAAUCUUUGAAAAAAUAUUUAGAAGCUGCUGAGAAAUGUUUAGCUGAAUUUGGUGUUGAUAGGCCGGGAAUGGGAGAUGUAUUGUGGAACUUAGAGUAUGCUUUGCAGCUCCAAGAGGCUGCAGCACAAAUUGAUUCUCCAGAUAAGACCUGUCUCAUUGAUUUGGAAGAACCAAAUGGUGAAAACUUAAGAGAGGACCUUGAAGCUGCUGCCGCGGCUUCAGUUGAUGAUAAUUCUCAGGUAAAAGUUGCUUCUACCAUGUUUUCUCCACUUGGCACUGUUCAGAGAAGGUAG